CAACUGUCAAAAUGUCAGUAAAUCCUGGAUUGUGUGCAGCGAUCAUGGCAUUGUUCAUUGAUGAAGAUUUCACUUCACUCAAGCAGGACCAGCAGACUGCUGUGGUGGAUCUAAAAGUUAUUUUUGGGGAACCGGGCCCUUGUAAAGAUGUGCGCAGUGAGAGCGGCCUCUCCUUCCCAGAUCCAGACUGGGUUGCUAGCGGGGCAGCGGAGGGUCCCAGGAAAAGGAAACGCACGAUUUUCAGCCGAGCUCAGCUAUCCGAGCUGGAGCAGGCUUUCGCCGUGACCCCUUACCCAGACAUCACCUUGAGGGAGAGGCUGGCCGCACACACUCACCUGCCUGAGAGCAAAAUUCAGGUGUGGUUUCAAAACCGAAGAGCCAGAAGUAUCAAAACUGGGAGACUGCCCAAAUCUAUAAAACAUGUUCUUGGAAGUAGAGGUCUUGCAGAGCCAAGCUCUGGACUGGUGACCUCGGCAUUUCCUGCCUCGACAUAUUUGACAGACAUGUUCAGACCAGACCAAGGGCUUUGUGAAGAUAUCCCACAGUUCUACUCUGACUGGAUCCAAAUGUACAAUAACCAAACCCCGUCUCAAUCGUCCCUGCACCAGCAGUCCAUCCUCAGCACCUCGAAGCGUUCAGAGUCCCGUCUUUGGGAAGUGGAGCGCCAACAGCGGGAGAAACUGUCCACUUUCCUACCCGGUUCGUUUUCUCAGCCCAUCACCAGGCAACCACAGGUGUCCAGUCACUCCUACCAGGCACACAGGAACCUCAAGACUCAGAGCCUGGCUCCGUCUGGGGCUCAUCAGGCUGUGUGUGGGGGAGGUGCCUCUGUGGACCAGGUGGUUCCUUCUCACUCUCAGUCCGUGUACUGGGAGGUAAAUCAAGGACAGGGACAUCACCACCUCCAUCAUCAUCCUCAUCACGCACAAAUGGGACCACAGACAUCAAUGGGCUACAUCUCAGACCUGAUAUAUAAUGCUGCUAUUGUGACCAACUUCCUGGAGUUCUGAAGAAAGGAAGAACUGUAAAAAAAAUUAUAGUUGUACCAACUCCAACUUCCGUCCAUCUAGUUUAUACUAUUUAUCCUGUUCAAGGACCAUGGAGUUGGAGCCUAUCCUUGUUGAUUUUACACGAAAAGUGGAUUAUGGACUUUAACUUCGCCUACCUGUUUAAUGAGAAAAUACAAUGAAUUUGCAAUUUUUGACCUUGUGUUUAUAUGAUCCUUCAACUAAAUGUAGUUUGAUUUUAUCGUCACAUCAAUUUGUAAUCAAUUUAACUGAAACUGUACUGUGCACAAAAUAAAUCGGGGA